UAGUAAAGGACGCAUUAAUUAGCCGGAGGUCGCGGGGCUCGAGCUGCCGCCGCCGCCAUCUUACAGAGAGCUCGGUGUUAACGGCCAUGUACCCGAGCUCGCUGCUCGCCCUGUCUGGGGGAAACCCCUUCAAUGCGCCCCGGUUCCAGCUCCUCACAGAGCCCGUCUCCCCUCCUACACGCAUCGCCAACAAGGCCGCGCCACCCGCUGAACGGGUCGUCCCUCGCCGGAGGCUGGCCGCGGCCGCUGCAGCUCCCGCCAUCACAGAGCAGGAACAGUACAGUUGUGAGUAUGGCUCGGCUCGCUUCUACGCCCUGUGCGGUCUGGGCGGUAUCCUGAGCUGCGGGACGACCCACACGGCCGUGGUGCCCUUGGACUUGGUGAAGUGCCGGAUUCAGGUAGACCCUGGAAAAUACCAGAGCAUCUUCAAAGGGUUUUCUGUCACUGUGAAAGAAGAUGGUAUUCGUGGUCUGGGAAAAGGUUGGGCCCCAACCUUCAUUGGUUAUUCGAUGCAAGGGCUAUGCAAAUUUGGUUUCUAUGAAGUUUUCAAGAACAUAUAUGGUGAACUACUAGGUGAAGAAAACGCUUAUCUCUGGCGUACGUCUUUAUACCUUGCUGCAUCUGCCAGUGCUGAGUUCUUUGCUGAUAUUGCACUUGCUCCAAUGGAGGCUUGUAAGGUCCGUAUUCAGACUCAGCCUGGCUAUGCCAACACUCUUAGAGAAGCUCUUCCUAAAAUGCAUGCUGAAGAAGGUCUCUGGGCAUUUUACAAAGGUGUUACCCCUCUGUGGAUGAGGCAGAUUCCCUACACGAUGAUGAAGUUUGCUUGCUUUGAGCGCACGGUUGAAGCAUUAUAUAAAUACGUGGUGCCUAAACCUCGUGACAGUUGUACCAAAGCUGAGCAACUGGUGGUGACGUUUAUUGCUGGUUAUAUUGCUGGUGUUUUUUGUGCUAUUGUAUCUCACCCUGCUGACUCUGUGGUGUCGGUACUGAACAAGGAAAAGGGUAGCAGUGCAUUACAGGUUUUGAAAAGGCUUGGACCUCUAGGAGUGUGGAAAGGGCUUUUUGCCCGUAUUAUCAUGAUUGGCACUCUGACUGCCCUACAGUGGUUUAUCUAUGACUCUGUUAAGGUCUACUUCAGGCUUCCUCGUCCACCUCCCCCUGAGAUGCCAGCAUCGCUGAAAAAGAAGCUUGGGUUGAUGUAAAAAUGGGUGGACUUCAUUUGUUGCCCUGGCUAAGUCAGAUAUGUCUCAUAAGGCAUGUAAAAGACCUAUUUAAUACUGAGAAUAUCAUGUCUGUAAUGUCAUGUUGAUGAAGCUUGGCAGUGAGUGCAGAGUAUUCAUCAACACCAAUUCUGAAUAAAGAACAGUGACCCAAGUUUUAGAUGUGGUCGUUUAUAAUUGGUUUAUUUAAACGUGAUUGUGAUUAAAACAAAUCAUUUCAUUCUAGAAACUCAGUAUUGGUGAACAGCUAAACCCACCUGCACUUUUUGCACCACACCUUUUUUAACUCAGUACAAAAUGUUUCAAGCCUGUAGAUAUUAGUGAUGGUGCCUGGGUUUGUAAAUUUCAAUGCCAGUAGUUUUAGAUUUGGUUGGAACAGCUAUUUAAAGUCAACACACUCCUUGGGUGCGUCUUUUGUGGGAUGUCUGUUCUGCCUUGCUGGUGGUUCUUUUAACCCUGGUGUUGGGUUCUGCAAUGUGCUGACAGCUCAUAUUUAUCAACUUUAAAGGUUGCACAUGGUAACCCAUCCGUUCUGAUGUCCGUGACUAGGCUGUUGUGUACCAUCAGAACUUUGCUCUGUGGACAUUUCACCAAAAUUGAUCUUGUUUAAAUGUAAUAAAAUGAGAUGUUCGCAAGCUAUUCUAGCUGCUUAGUGACCCCAUGACUCCAUUGCUGGUUGUGCAAAAUCCUCUUUUUUUUAAUAUAUAGAAGUGUCUGCAUCAAGAAAUGACUGAUCUUGACAAUAAAAUGGCUGUAACAUUGCAAUUCCCUGUUAUGUUUGCCAUUUCAAAGUGUUAAAUGUUGAAUAACCUGUCUUCUGCUAAAAUGGAACCAAGAGACACUGAUUUUGUACAUGUUAUUAUUAUAGAUUCCACUCUUGGGUUUUUUGGUUGUUUUGGGUCAAUAAGCAUUAAAGAAUAUUUGCAACAGUCAA